UCUCUCUCGCUGUUUCUCUCUUUGCACCGCAUUGUCUGUGUGAUCUUGAGCUUCAAUCAUCGACCUGCACCUCGAUUUUGUUUUACACAGCAAAAAAUUAACGACCCAUCUCAUCAUCUUCAGAAGCGCUGUAGAUUUGGUGGGGGAGCUCCGAUGGGGCAGUGGAAGCUGCUGUGAGUCCAAGCUGGUCUGACUGAGCAUUCCUUGUUUGUAUUCUGGUUUGUUGGAUUAGUGCCGGGGCAUCAUGUCCUUCGUUGUUGCUCAGAAUUUGGCGGACUCAUUGUUCCUGCCCCAGCUUCCGAAGAGUUUUUCGCAGUUGGGUUCCCCAGCUGGGGCAGGCUCAGAGAGAGUGACGUUCCGAACCAGUGUACAAGGCUCUGCGGUUCGGGGCAAACCAGACAGCAAGAGGAGCUUCUAUGAUUCGGCUGAGAGGAGUUAUGCUAGACGAGGGAGUUACUUUAGGAGGAAAGAUGACGCAGCCAAAGAGCUGGCUGUGGAGCGACAGAUGGGCGGGAAUACGGGCCGACGUAAGACAAUUAUGGAGAGUGCAGGGUACUUUAGAAUUUACAGGGUUGAGGUCCCCUUGGACAAGGACUCAGGGAAGGACAGUUAUGAGGUUUCGGAUGCUGUGUUAGAGUCGACUGCUGGAGCGCUUGGUUGCCAGCCUGAAAUGCUUCCACGUUCGGGUCUGACGGUAAUUCGCAAGUCGUUCGAUGCUCGCAAGGAUCUCAAGUUUGUGUACACAGUGGAGCUGGACAUAGAGGAAUGUAUGAAGCAAAAUCCGAAGAUUAAGCUAAUCUUGUCCAAGUUAGGUGUGAAGCCCGCAAGGCUUGAAUUCUCCAAAAUGCCGUGGGCGCCAUUGGACGUCGUUUCUGUUCUUGCACGCGAAGGAGAAACCCGAGUAGCCUCCUCUAGUACUGAAUUGGCAGCUGAAGGUGAUGCACAAUUUCAGGGCCCUGAUUUGGAACAGAGGGGGACCUCGAAUGCCUCAACUACAGGCCGUAGAUCUGGUCAUGAAAUGGCAAAAGUUGUAGUGGUGGGAAGCGGACCAGCAGGAUUGUUUGCUGCUUUAGUGCUUGCCGAAAGUGGAGCGAAAGUUACACUUGUGGAGAGGGGACAACCUGUGGAAGGUCGGGGCAAAGACAUUGGCGCUCUCAUGGUUCGUCGUUUGUUGAAUGCAGAAAGUAAUCUCUGUUACGGAGAGGGAGGAGCGGGGACUUGGAGUGAUGGAAAAUUGACUACUCGCAUCGGAAAGAAUGGUGGCAGUGUGCAAGCUGUGUUAGCGACUCUGGUCCGCUUCGGAGCUCCAGCCAGUAUACUCAUGGAUGGGAAGCCCCAUGUCGGGACGGACCGGCUUAUCCAUAUCCUACGGUCCUUUCGUCAGCACUUGAGCGCUCUUGGUGUUACACUUCUCUUUGGAACUAGAAUGGAUGAUCUCGUUGUUCGUGACGGGCGCUUAGUGGGUGUUCAUGUAUCCCCUGUGUCCGAAAACUCUGAAAGUGCUUGUCCAACUAUUCUCGAAGCUGAUGCUGUUGUCCUUGGUGUGGGCCACUCUGCCCGUGAUGUUUAUUACAACCUCCAGAGUCACGAUGUCCUCAUGACUCCGAAGGAUUUUGCUGUUGGAUUCCGUGUUGAACAUCCCCAAGAGCUCAUAAAUGAAAUACAGUACCACAAAUGGGCCUCCGAAGUGCAACGUGGGAAAGGCAAACUCCCCGUUGCUGAUUACAGAGUUGCCAUGAAUAUCAAAGAAGAUGAGGUUCUUAGUCGUGGGUGUUAUUCUUUCUGCAUGUGCCCAGGUGGCCAGAUUGUGCCAACCAGCACUGAUGAGUCCGAGCUGUGUAUCAAUGGUAUGUCUUUCUCAAAGCGGUCAUCGAAGUGGGCGAAUUCUGCUCUCGUAGUUACUGUACCAUCGGCGGACUUCGAUCCCUUGAUUGGGGAGCAUGGUCCACUUGCAGGCAUUGCGUUUCAGAGGGCGCUGGAAAGAGAUGCAGCAAUCCUUGGAGGAGGCAAGCUUGUAGCCCCUGCACAAACCAUCCCAGACUUCAUGGAGGGCAAGCUGUCAGGAAAUGAAUUGCCGUCUUCCAGUUAUCGACUUGGUGUUCGAGCUGCUCCUUUGCAUGAGCUAUUACCAUCGCACCUCACUCGCGCCUUGAGAGAGGCUCUACUCGCCUUCAAUGACCAAUUACCUGGAUUCAUAACGGAGCAUGGCCUGCUUCAUGCGAUUGAGACAAGAACCAGCUCUCCUGUACGAAUUGACCGUGAUAAGGAUACCUACGAAUGUGUGUCGCUACCGGGUCUUUUCCCUGUUGGUGAGGGAGCUGGAUAUGCUGGCGGUAUAGUGAGUGCCGCUGUUGAUGGAAUGCACGCUGGAUUAGCCAUCGCCAAGAUCUUCAACCCGUCUUCGUCAGACCUUGGGCGGAGCCUUCAAAUCACCGAAGACUAGUCUUAAGCUUCCAUUCAACCUGCAGUCUCUCACUCUCAAUAGAAUUAUGUCCAGCACCGAAGCUGUUAGGAAUUAUAGCUGCUGCUUUGGUGAUCCAUCUCUCAAGCUUUUGGAAUGAAUCUUCAUUGAAGGUAAUUUAACUCAUAACAUGAGCUAUGCCUUGAAAGAAAGACAGUCGUUUGGUUUGUAGCAUCCAUGAAGAAUUAGUACCUGCCUGACAUGCUCUUCUACCAAAAAUUGUAAAUCAUCCAUGGUGUUUAUGAUGCCAUCAAAAUAUUAUGGCAUAUGCUUUGAAGAGAUCAGCAUAAUUCAUGAAAAACAUUAAAAUCUAGAAUGCUGUAGAACUCCUUGUGUUUUGAAUAAUUGUGUAGGACUUAUAUUUAUAUUUAUCUUAUAAAGUCAAAUAUCCGCCAUUUUUUA